UUUAUCACAUGAAGGUACUGUUUAAUUACAUCACAGUUUGAUUUGAUUUGAGUGAUUGGUUUAAACAGACGGGCAGCGCGUGCAAACAUAUCACAUGAUCAAAGUCGCACUGAUUAAACCUGAUUUUUUUCCAACUGAAGCAAUCACAGGAUCCCUGUCCCCACCAACGAACAUGCAAAUUGAAGAUAUGAUAAGCAAAAUCAACAUCCUCGUUUCUAUUUUCGCUCGACUGCAUAACAGUAACUGUAUUUGAAUAAAACUGAUCGGUAUCCUCCGAAUGUCAGAUGCAAAUGUGAACGGUUUGGCCGUUGGUAGCUGCCUGGGCAACUGAAAGAAAGGGGAUGCGCUGGGAUAAAGUUGCAGUUGAUCCUCUAAUGAGAUGUUACUCAAUGUAUAAGCCACUGCAGCUCGACGCGUUGUGCAGGAGGCGGCGCAUGGGACGGUCGCAUCAUUUCCAACCGAUGAAGAUUAUUAUCAUCAAUGUGCCCCAGUGGACCGGGGCUGCCUUCCUGCCUCAAUCGAUCGGCCAUGCGUCCUUCGAAUGAAUAAACGAGGCGUUGCGGAGCGCUGUUAGACAAUGUGGAUGCGAUGCUUCUCGUGCACAACGAUAGCGCGUCGAGCUGUCAUGUACUGAUAAUCGUCCGGUUUCUGUUUCGCUCCGGACUUUCAUAGUGGGAAUGAGUAAUCGUUAUGUGGUCAUUGAAGGAGGCGGGUAUCUCACCGACAUCCGGAAUCCGUCGCGGAAUCCCACAGCUGUAACGUUACCGCGGCGCUGCGAGGCAGAGCGGCCCGCUUUAGGAGCUCCUACCGGGCGUCGUUAUGUCAUUCCCAACGCUUUUUAUGGAGGAUCGCUGUACGAGACAGUCGUCCGUCAUUUCGUGCCUUGAUUGAUACGCGUUUUCCCGUAAUAUGGCCGAUCAGAGCAACAUUCAAUCCGCCGCCUCCAAAAGCAUCAGGCCGUUCAAAUCCAGCGAGGAAUACCUGUAUGCCAUGAAGGAGGAUCUGGCUGAAUGGCUGAACACGCUCUACGAUCUGGACAUCACGGCGGACACUUUUAUGGAGGGUCUGGCGACCGGCUGCGCGCUCUGCCGGCAUGCAAACAACGUGAACCGCGCCGCCCACGAAUUCAAGACCAAGUAUCCAGAUGCGGCGCUUUCGCUGCGGAUACCCAGCAAGGACGUGGUCUUCCAGUCGAGGAACGUCAUACCGGGCUCGUUUUUGGCCAGAGACAACGUGUCCAACUUCAUCGGCUGGUGCAGGCAGGAGCUCUGGAUCAAAGAUGUGCUCAUGUUCGAGACCAACGACCUGGUGGAGAGGUGCAACGAGAAGAACCUCGUGCUGUGCCUGCUGGAGGUGGCUCGCCGGGGAGCCAAAUUUGGCAUGCUGGCCCCCAUGUUGAUUCAACUCGAGGAGGAGAUCGAGGAGGAGAUACGGGACCAGGAGAACCUGACCGAGGCUCUGGGGGAGUCGCAGAGCCCGCCGAGCAGGACGUACAGCCGCAAGGAGAGCAUCGGCGAGCCCGACCCAGAGCUGCUGGCCCGCUGGCAGCAGCAGCAGAAGAGAGUCCUGCUGGAUAUGCGCAACCUGGACGAGCUGGUUCGGGAGAUUCUGGGCCAGUGCUCCUGUCCGUCACAGUUCCCCAUGACCAAAGUCUCAGAAGGGAAGUACAAAGUCGGAGACUCCAGUGCGCUCAUCUUUAUCAGGGUGUUACGGACUCAUGUGAUGGUGCGUGUGGGUGGAGGUUGGGACACACUUGAGCAUUACCUCGACAAACACGAUCCCUGUCGCUGCGCUGCAUUCGCUCACCGGUAUCAGCAAGCUAAAGCGAGUGGCCAGGGUCCUCACAGUAAGAGCUCCAGUGCUCACUCCUCCCGCUCCACAAGCCCAGGACCUCACUGGCGCAAUGAGGGCAUAGCACCCUACAAAACCUCCGACAGGCGCUCUUUGGACCCUGUGUUGGGCGCUACGGUGCAUUCCUCUCCAUCACGACCUGGCAGGUCGCACCAUGCAGCUGUACCUGUGGAGAUGGAGACUAACACAGGGCGGCCCACAGCACUGCUGCCUCGACCACCACGAGACAGAUCAGAACCAUGCCACUUUAAUCCUCUCAGGAAUAAGGAAUCUCUUCUUCCGACUCGCAGGCUAUCAGGAGAUAGUGAUUCUUCCACAGCCUCAUCUAAAGGUGGAGGAGGAAGCACAGGAGGAGGACGCUUCUCUCUGGGUACACGGCAUGCUCAUGGAGACGAGGUGGUUCUGCUGGUGAACCGUAAGGAAGGGAAACACGUUAUUGAGCGUCCUGGAGCAGGAGCGCAGAUUCCAGCCCUGAGAACCCCUCAGACCCGUGCCCGCAGUGCUUCCAGAGAGCGCCCUGCAUCACAGUCCACCUCAGUCCUGAAACCUAGUCCACCAAAGGGCCCAGCAGAGGGACAUCGAACACCCCGCCCAGAGAGAGGCAGAUCGCUGGGGCCCGAAGGUCCAAGGAAGCUGCAGGCUCCACGCUCCCUCAGCCAGGGCAAGACUCCUAGAGCCCGAUUGGGGGAUGUCAGCCCUGGAUCAUCACCUCGCCGCAGAGACCCUCAGUCUCUUUCAGUAGAUCGGAGAGAGGAACUGAGAUCCAAGCACAUGUCUGCAGCAUCUUCAAGAACAAGUGGAAGUUUGGCCAGGAGACAAGCAUCUUCCUCGACCUCUAACUCACCUGUGAAAAGCAGUGCCAGUGGAAGUCCUGCGAAAAAGGGGACGGUAACGUCACGACCCCCUGCACCGUGGUCACCUUCCACUGGGAGUCGAAAGUUGCUUCCCCCUGUCACACAGCCAGGGCGGCGCUCUCCGCAUUCUUCUCCACGAUCGAGUCAUCACCACCCACCACGAUCCCCUCGAUCAGCACACAAUGCACGAUCCGCAGGAAGAGACCAAAAAGGUUGGGCAAAUCCCCACAACCAGCAGCAGGAGAGCCAGAAGGACAGUGGUAUUUUUAGUUUACACCUGCUGCCAAGUCUGGACCCUCAAAGGGAGCAAGACUUAUAUCGCAGCUUUGAGGCCGAGCUCCUGGCCAACACGCAACAAACCAAGGCUGUGCAGGGUAAAGCUUCCACUGGAAGGGAAAUGAGGUCACUACAGCUCCCUGUCUCCCAACAAGGUUUAGGAGUGCUCCCAAACUCUUCGGGUGACACUAAUGUUACAGACUCGGCUUAUUCUUCUUCUAAUUCUUCAUCAUCUUCUCUUAAUGUCGGAGGUAAGGUGGGAGUCCUACCUGAUUUGCGAGAGUCUAAACGCACUAAUCCUCGCACAUGUGCACUCGAGGACCCUCCUGCCCUUCUCCAUAGCCAGAUUCGUGGAGGCCUCCCCAAUGGACGGCUCCUGGAGGGAGAGCGAUGGGGUGGCAAAGGAGGAGGUCUUCGUAAGCUCCCUGCAAUCUCCAGCUCCACAGAGGAAGGAGAGGCCUCAAAUCUCUCAGUGGGCCUCCCCAAAGACAUCAAUGGGAGCCUCCCUUUAACGGAGGUGCCAAUGGAGAGUCAGCAGGACCUGGAGGAAUGGGCUGGGGUGGAGGGCGACGUACCACAAAGUACCGAACAUCACCCGGACCUGCCAUAUGACAAUGCUGACCUGCCACUUCCUGAGACAUUUCCCUCCACUCCACCACCUCUAGAUGACUGUUCUUAUCAGGACUCUUCCAGUGAGAGCUCCUCCAUGUGCUUGAGCCUGAGUGAGCCUCCAUCCGAAGGUUCCUGCACUCCUCCUCUACCGCUGGCCAAUACAGAAGACGCAGUCAUCCUCCGUGCCAAGAAAGGUCAAAAGAAAACACAGAGAGUGCCCCCCACCAACAACAACAACAAACUGCGGCCGCGGAUAAGACCCCGCACUGACAACAGACCCGAGAACAGCCCGUCUCGCAUCCCUACACCUGUACGAUACAGGAAUCAUUGUCAGCAGUCUCCUGCCAAUUCAUCUCCCCUCCAGACCCCACCACAGUCUCCACGUUUAAACAAUCACCAACCCUCACACAAAGCUCUGCAUCAGGCCUUUGCUGACCUCAUCCAACCCCAGCAGCGUUCCCCAGCUAUGGGCUCUAGAGAGUGUGCCUAUUCUUCGGAGUCCAGCCUAGACAAUGAGGCCUGGAUGUAGUGAAUGAUAAUGAUGAUGAUGUACACAGGCAACUGACCUACGCUCAUCAUAUACAGCUUUAUAGUCAGAUUAGAGCAGAAAAAAGCACAUUUGUAAGACUAAGAGACAAUGCACAUCUGACUGUUAUGUACAACAUGUAGCAGGAUGCUGGAAUCCUUACUGUCAUUUCACUGGAGGCAUAGAUGUGUUCUAAAGUGGCUAAGAACAAACAACACUAUUCUUGACAUCUUGGACCAACAUAGCCUGUUCUGAAGUAAAUCUGAGAGCUGAGCUACUGUACAUGCACCAUCUGAGCUGUUUAAUUUCAUUCAAGUCAUUUUUCCUGCUUAGAUUUGUUCUGUUUGAGGAAGAAAAUUUCCCUUUGGGGAUCUGUAGUUUUUAAUGCUCCUUAUUAAUAUCCUCAUGACCUGUUUUUGAAUUCAUUCGGUGAGGACAAAUUUUAGCUGGUUAAGUUUUCAUUUGGUGGAAAGAAGUGUAAAAAUCUUAUUUUAAUCAGGGAAUUGUAAUAUACAGAGUAUACUGUAUACUGGAGAAUAAGAUGGUGGAAUCGUUAUGGUGUAAUUUUAUGACAAAUUUUAUGACGUUUUGACCAUACUUCCAUGUGGAAUCCAAAUUAUCCAAAUUGGAGAUACAAUUAAGUGGUUGUACUGCUGUUUUAGCCCAUAUCAACUUAUGGUAAAGGUUUAACAUAAAGGUUUAUGAAAGAACAUAAUCCACACAUUAUCUGUGCACAAUCACCUUGGCAGACAAACGUUUCAUUUAUGUUCUGUACAAACUAAUACGGUUAGGUUAUAUCUGUAUAGGUUUAUAUGUAAUAUAUGUUCAUUGCUUAGAUGUGUGGUAGUGUAAUGUAAAUAUAAUUAUUAUUAAUUGAAUUUAAUAUUAAUGUACAAAAUGUAUGCUGUUUAUUUCAGUAUGGUAAUUCUGCCUUAGCUAUGCAAAGUUGCUAUUGAAUGUUGCCUUGACAAAUUUUCUUGCCUUAAAGUAAGGAUGAGAAGCUGUGUUUGUGAAGUAGAGAUGAAGAGAUGGUGUUUGUAUGUAUCUGGGUGGGUAAGUCUGAGUAUGUGAGGUAGAGAAUGUUUGUUAUGUGUUUUGGCCCAGUGUUAACUGUGAGACAAUCACACGUUUAAGGUCACAGUGACAACAAUAUCCUGCUUUAUGAAUAUUCCUCAGUUUAAAGUAAAUUGCUUGAUUUAUCUGCAAGUGAGAAAUGAAGGACAUUUAAUUAAAGAUAGUGUCAUAUUAAACAUCAACAGGAUGUUUUCAAAAUAUGGAAAUCACUACAGGCGAUGUAUAGAAAUGGUAAUCAUUCAGGAAAUAAGGCCCUUUUAUUGUGAAAAGCCAUAUUGAGUCCAAAACUGCUUACGAAGUAGAGAUAUUUUUCACAGUCAUCAUCGGCAGACAUAACAUUUCUUUUAAAGCUUUAUGGCGCCACCAUGUGGUUUUUUUUUUUUUGUUUGUUUUUUUUUUAACGUUGAGCUGAUUGUUACCGGUGGUAUUUUGUGUGACUUGAAAGUAUAAUAUGAAAGUGUGACUUGAGUGAGUGCUUAUAAAACGAGUUUUUUAAACCUUCAAACACAUCUGAUCUUGAAUUGGAACUGGUAGGCACCAUUGCAUAAAAUAGGAGAAAACAUCGACUCCUCUUAAAUAAAUUACACUACACACAUAUUGGUUUGGCAUUGGAUUGUUUAUUUAUAUUAAAUGAGUAAGCUAAUAAGCCUUGUUGAUUGGUUGUGGGUGAACUGUUUUAUCAUAAAGGGACAAUGUUGUAUGUUUCUAUAUGAAUGGAUGAAUUGUUUACUUUUGGUAUGUUCUCCUUCGGAGGCUUUAUACAGUACUGCCAUGUAUUUAUGAGCGUGAGUGUUUUAUUGCGAGGUGUUCUGAUGUUUGCUGUUUUAGUGAAUCAAAAAGGGUCAGAAAAAGUGUUGGAGAUUUUAUGGAAAUGGAUUUCAGUGUUCUUUUUUUGCCUCAAGGACUGCAACCAUAUGAUAUUACUGUUUGCAUGGCCAUUGACACUCCAUAACACCUCUUGUAUAAAAGCUGCAAUACAAUGCAUCACUGCAAAUUGCUUUUAUGUUCAAUGCCAUGUAAACAUCUGUUGUGACACUUAAGGACAAUGUUAAAUUUCUCAAAUAGGUAUAAAUAAGGACAGUAGAGUUCUCUGUAGUCUUUCAAAUUAUAUUAAUGGUUGCUUUGCCUCACUUUAGUCAAACACAAAUUUACACACACUACACAUUCAGUAAUCUUUACAGUAUCUAAUUAUUAACUGCCGUACAUUUGUACAGUUAACUCAUUUUGAGCUCCAGUUGUAUUUAUGUUAUGCUUUCCAAAAAAAAAAAAAAAUUGCAGAAAGAUGUUUCUUUUCUGUGAUGACAUUCAUUAUGUUUCUAAUCACAUUUAGGCAUUUUUUAAAAAUUAUUUAUUGCAUGGAUGGGUUCUGUUUUUCUUUAUUCAUUAUUGACAUCAGUACUACAAGAGUGUAGAUUCACAUGUUUUAUUUACUUGUGCGAACCCGUCUGAUUUGCAUUAUGCAAAUGUGAUGUUCAGACGUGAUCUACAAAAUGCAUGUUGAAUCUAUGUCAUGCUCUGGUUUCAGUAAAUGAAAAGGCUGUUGGAUGAUUUGGAAUCUGAAUGUUGUUUGAUUUAAUUUGAAUUUCUGCAGUUUGUUUGGCCGAUUGUUUUUCUUUAAUGUUGACAAUGAAAUGUAAGGUCUUGAUUGUGGAAUUUGUCUGUUGAAUAGCAAUAUUGCAAGACCGACAUUCCACUGUUCCUUGAAAACCAAUUGCUGUUAAUUUAAUACUUAUAAUAAAAAUGUUUUGGAUGA